UUCUGUUACACGCAUUGAACUGAUAACACUGAUAAAAGUGAAUGAGUGUUAUCGUUCCACUAUUUCACCAGAAUAUCGAGGUAGUUCGAAGAUAUGUGCCAAAAUGGGUACAAUCGAAUCUUAUUUAAAAGUUGUCAAUAACACCAACCAAGACAUCAUAGACACUUCAGUUUCCUCAUGUGAUAACUAUGACUGGGACGAGAAUUGUAGACCAGAUAGAAACUUUCAACAUCAAAACAUCCCAGCGCGAGGCGGUUCAGUCUCUCAAAGACUUGAAGUUAAAAGAAAUGCAAGUCACUGUCCUUUCAACAUGGUCCUAACUUUCGCUGAUAGUACAGUAGAUAAAUUUCGUAUUCAUCAAAAACAUGUUUUUGGGUGUUGUGCUGGUUUUAACCACAUGCAACGAGCUCACGACAUUACUUUCUCCGUUUCUAAUGAGAACCAACCAACACUCAUUAUCCAAAUUGCAAAUACGAAUCAACAGGUCCAAAAUGAGGAAGCCGAAAAGAAAAAUCGAGAAGGUGAAGUUGCUUUGGAAACGAAGGACUAUGAAACUGCUAUUAAAAAGUUUAACGAAGCUUUGAAUUUGAACAGUCAAGAUUCAGUUAGCAACAAAAUCAAAAGUAACAAAAGUCAAGCUUUUAACCAGUGGGGAGAGGAACUUUUACAAAAAAUUGGGGAUUUGGAAGCUGAUAUUACCGACGAUAAGUCUCAAGAAAUUCAAGAUACGUUAAACGAAGCCCUAAAGUUAUUCCAGAAUGCUGAAGCUUUAUCGAACUCACCGAAAUAUCAGCACAACUUGACUCUAGUUAAUUUGAAAAUUGAAGGUAAUCGAAUUUUUAAUGAGGCGAAUGAAAUGGAGAAAGAAGCAUUUGUAAUAUUUGACAAUGGGGGCGGUGAUAUCGUCGCUGCGCGAAAUAACUACAAAGACGCUUUGGUAAAAUUUCAAGAAGCAUUGAAGAAGUUUGAGGAUGGACUGCAGUUAGAUAGAGACAAAUUUGAAGAUUGUGUAAACAUUGCUAGAGCGCACAUUGAAGAGGUGAACCAGAUGAUUGAUGAUAUUGAGAGGAUUGGGCUGAAUGAUCGCACCAGUGGACAAGGUAAUAUUGAAAAGGAUGAAAUAAAAACAGAGAGUGAAGAUCGAAUUGAUCCGAGGUUAAUUUAAAGUGGUAGUUAAAAAGUACUCACCUGUCAUGUAUUUUUUCGUUUUAAACAGAUUACAAAUAAUAUAGAUUCGAUAACCAUA